AUGUCGAAAAAACGUGGAAUUGCUUGGCCAUUAGAAAAUCAUGAAGAUCAUUUGAACGUUUUCCCAUCAGAUCGAAUUCAUUGGUUUUACAAUUGGUCUCCUGAUAAAAAAUUGCAUACAAAUAUGAAUUUUAUUCCAAUGAUUUGGAAUGCUCAUGGAAUAGAAGAAUUCGGUGAAAAAGUUCGUUUUCAACAUGUUGAAUGUAUUUUAGGUUUUAAUGAACCUGAACGAUCGGAUCAAGCAAAUAUGGAUCCGUAUGAAGCUGCUCGAUUGUGGAAAGAAUAUAUCGAACCAUUAAGAAAACAAGGAAUACGUUUAGGCUCACCGAGUAUUUCAAGUACAGAAGAAGGUUUAAAUUGGUUACAAACAUUUUUAAAUCAAGGUUGUCAUAUUGAUUUUCUUGCUUUACAUUGGUUUGGUCGUGGAGUAGAUAACUUUAUUAAUUAUAUAAAUAAUGCUCGACAAAGAUUAGGUUCUCAAUAUCCUGUUUGGAUAACUGAAUUUGCUUGUACUUCUUGGAAUGCUAAUGAAUCUGUUUCGCAAGAUGAAAUUAAUCAAUUUUUUGAUCAAAGUUUAACUCGUUUGGAUGAAUUACAUUGGAUAGAACGAUACUCAUGGUUUGGAGCUAUGCGAUGUUUACCAGCAGAUCUUGGCUCAGGAAAUUGUUUGAUCGACAGUAAUGGACAACUUUCUCAACUGGGAAGAAAAUAUGUAAAUAUCUAA